GUUGGUCACCGCGGUGCCCGCAGACACAGAGACGUCUUCUCAGCAGCAUCCGCCAUCUUAGCUCCGCACCGGGUACCGGACCGGGGAUAUCGCAGUUGACCAUAGAAGAGGAGGGAGACGUAGUACGAGGAGCUGAGCGCUAACCCUCCCGGAUUACCGGAGGAGACGCAAAGGAGGGGGAGGGACGUUUGGUUGCUCUUAGCGCCCGGAGCCAGGGAGGAGGGCAGAGAAGAUGCCGGGGAUGUGGCGCUGCUCCCUGGCCUGCCUGCUGCUCGUCGCCGGGCUGGUGUGUGGUGCACUGGCCGCCCGAGUUAAUAAGCACAAGCCAUGGAUUGAAACUACGUACCACGGGAUAGUAACAGAAAACGACAAUGCCGUCUUGCUGGAUCCUCCCCUCAUAGCGCUAGACAAAGACGCUCCUCUACGUUACGCAGAGAGUUUUGAGGUGACAGUCACCAAAGAAGGGGAGAUCUGUGGCUUUAAAAUUCACGACCAGGAUGUGCCAUUCGAGGCCAUGGUGGUGGACAAAUCCACUGGGGAGGGUGUGAUUCGCUCCACGGAGAAGCUGGACUGUGAAUUACAGAAGGACUACACUUUUACCAUUCAAGCCUAUGACUGUGGCAAAGGACCAGAUGGCUCAAACGUCAAAAAAUCCCACAAGGCAACCGUGCACAUCCAAGUGAAUGACGUGAACGAGUACGCUCCCGUGUUUAAGGAAAAGUCUUACAAAGCAACAGUCAUCGAGGGAAAGAAAUACGAUAAUAUUCUGAAGGUGGAAGCUGUGGAUGCUGACUGCUCCCCCCAGUUCAGCCAGAUCUGCAGCUAUGAGAUUGUAACCCCUGAUGUUCCCUUCUCUAUAGACAAAGACGGGUACAUCAAGAACACAGAGAAGCUGAAUUAUGGGAAAGACCGUCAGUAUAAGCUCACAGUCACUGCCUAUGACUGCGGGAAGAAGAGGGCCACUGAGGACAUACUGGUCAAGAUUAACAUUAAACCUACAUGUAAAGCAAGUUGGCAAGGCUGGAGUAAGAGGAUAGAGUAUGAGCCUGGCACUGGAUCCCUGGCACUGUUCCCUGGAAUGCACCUGGAGACCUGCGAUGAGCCCAUCACUUCCAUUCAAGCUACAGUACAACUGGAAACCAGUCACAUUGGUAAAGGGUGCGACCGAGAUACCUAUUCUGAGAAGUCAAUUCACCGGCUAUGCGGUGCCUCAUCCAGUACAGCCGAGCUGCUGCCUCCUCCCAGUACUGCUACCAACUGGACCUUGGGGCUGUCCACAGAUAACGGCCAUGACAGUGACCAGGUGUUUGAGUUUAAUGGUACACAAGCUGUCAAGGUUCCCGAUGGGAUUGUAACUGCUGACCUGAAAGAGCCAUUUGUCAUAUCUGUGUGGAUGAGGCAUGGACCCGGAGGACGUGACAAGGAGACUAUCCUGUGUAAUUCCGACAAGACAGAUAUGAACCGACACCAUUACUCUCUCUACAUACACAACUGCAAGCUGGGAUUCCUGUUCCGACAAGAACCCACAGAAGACAAAUCAUAUAAACCAGCAGAGUUCCACUGGAAGUUGAAUCAGGCCUGUGACAAGGAAUGGCAUCACUAUGUCCUGACUGCUGACUUCCCCAGCUUCACUCUGUAUGUUGAUGGCGUUUCAUAUGACCCCAUCACCGUGACUGAGGAUUACCCACUACAUCCCACAAAGCUGGACACACAGCUAGUGGUUGGCGCUUGCUGGCAAGAGUAUUCAGGAAGUGGAAAUAACACUGAGCCCAUGACAGAGAGUGAUGCAGGUGGGGAGCAGCACAUGACCCAGUUCUUCCGUGGAAACCUUGCUGGGUUGAUGAUUCGUUCUGGAAAGCUAGAAAGCAAGAAGGUGAUUGAUUGCCUGUAUACCUGCAAAGAGGGCCUGGAAUUUGCACCUGCUGAAGGGGUUGGUAAAGGCAUGAAGAUUGACCUAAGUCCCAGCCAGUCCACUUUGACAUUGGAAGGAGAUGACAUUGACCGCUUUGACCAGGCAAUGCAGCAUAUUUCCUACCUGAAUUCUCGCCAGUUCCCCACCCCUGGUAUCAGACGUCUUAAGAUCACAACUACGGUGAAAUGCUUUAACGAGGAGACCUGUAUCAGUGUCCCAGAUGUCGAUGGCUACGUCAUGGUGCUACAGCCAGAGGAGCCCAAAAUCAGUGUCAGCGGCAUUGACCAUUUUGCCCGCUCUGCAUCUGAGUUUGAGAGCACAGAAGGAGUAACGCUGUUCCCUGAGCUGCGUCUUAUCAGCACUAUCACACGCGAAGUGGAGGCAGAGGGGGAAGGAGAUGAGGACCCUACAGUGCAAGAAUCUCUGGUGUCAGAGGAAAUCAUGCACAACUUGGACGCAUGUGAGAUCACUGUGGUGGGCGAGGCCUUGAAUCCUGACCAAGAGAGCCUUCAUCUGGACCUGACACACCUGCAGCAGAAAGGGAUGGAGAUGAGCUCUUCCAGUCAAGGCAUUGUUAUCACAGGUGUCGAUACCAUGGCGAAUUAUGAGGAAGUACUGCAUCUGAUCCGUUACAGGAACUGGAAUACAGUCUCCCUAUUUGACAGGAAAUUUAAAGUGGUCUGUUCUGAGCUCAAUGGGCGCUACAACAGCAACGAAUUUCAAGUGGAGGUGAAUGUGAUCCACACUGCCAGCCCCCCAGAGGCUCCAAAUCACAUUAUAUCUGAGGCUUUGUUUGUCCCGUCCCGUCAUCAAUCUCCUGAUCUUUUGGGACACAACCCUGCCAGCACACACUCUGCAUCAGUCGUUCCCAGUGCUGCGACCAUCGUUAUAGUGGUCUGCGUCAGUUUCCUGGUCUUCAUGAUUAUUCUGGGAGUGUUUCGCAUUCGUGCAGCCCAUCAGCGUACCAUGCGUGACCAGGAGAGUGGCAAAGAGAAUGAAAUGGACUGGGAUGACUCUGCUCUUACUAUCACUGUGAACCCAAUGGAGACCUAUGAAGACCAGCACAGCAGUGAGGAGGAAGAGGAGGAGGAUGAGGAUGAGGACAGUGAAGAUGGAGAAGAUGAUGACAUAACCAGUGCUGAAUCUGAGAGCAGUGAGGAAGAGGAGGGCGAGCAGGAGGAGGACCAGCAGAAUGUCAACCGACAGCAGCAGCUGGAGUGGGACGACUCCACUCUGACCUAUUGAUCUCAGUCGCCAUUACCACCCAGUCACUACAGCUCACACUCAUCGCUCCUGCAGGCACACGGUGUAAAAUGUCAUUCCAGACGCUGAAACCAACCAGCACAUCCCCAUCCAAAAUGUGGAUAGACGGUGCCCCACUCCUGCCAUCCCAGUGACUGGGGUCAUCAGUGUUUCAGUCCACCCUGCACUUUCCUUCCAUGCUCUCUUUGUCAUACAAUGAUAGGAGGGACACAGGCGUUACUGGACUUCAUCCUUCAUUCCUGAUUUGUGUUCUGAAAGAUGCAAAACUUCCGGUUGAGAAACGGGGCACAGGGACUCCAUGUAGACUGAUUGAUUUUAACUUUCUUUCUCCAUCCCAAAUGACAGCAUGUCAGUUAUUGGCAACACUCCACUGAAAGAACCCUUUUUCUGUCUGAGGUGCUGGCAUCUUUUUGCAUCUGGGUGGUUUUGCAAAUGGCUCCAGCAGACAGUAAAAGGGUUGAAACCAAGACUAACUUUUUAAUAUUUUCUUUGUAAAUAUGUUGGAAUCUAUGUAAUUAUGUCCAUGUUGCUAGUGUAAAGGGGUUUGGAAUUCUUGAAUGCAGGGUGGCACCUGUGCCAGUCUUGCGCAACCUCAGUGAGGUGAUUUUUUUCUUUGGCUGACGGGGGUCUGCAGCCUGACAUAGACAAGGAGACACAGUGGUGUCAGCUUUAAUGAUGCUCACGCCCGAGUACUGUCUUUCUGGCUCCAUAUCUAGAACCUUCCACAAUAGAAGAAGCACAGGGCUGUAACCAGUCAUAGGAAUAACAAGGUGCCAGUCUGCCUGCUCUUGGGGACAUGUCAGCAGCUGCGUGUAGCACACACCAGACCUCAGCGGGUCCACCCCCUUGCUUUAAAUGCCAGGUUCAGUUUUCUGCAGGACAAGAUUAUACAUAUGUGGAUCAUUGUAACUUCCAGUCCUCUCCAACGGGGGAAUAUUCUGUCAUUAGUGAGACACUCUGGGAUGUUCUCACCUGGCCAGCAGCUUUUAGCUGGGCAGAAAAAAUAUUGUUUACGUGCGACCUUAUUACUAUUUUCCUCACUUAGCUUGAGAAAAAAAAUGUACAUUUUUGUGUAAGACUAGGGAAAAAAAAAUUCCCGAUCUUGUAAAACAAGUGAGAUGGUUUGGAAGGAGUUACUAUUGUGUAUGAGCUGUUUGUGGCUCUGAUGUGACCAGAGGCAAGGAAGGUCGAAUGCUGCCAGGCAACGAUGCGAUCGGAUGACCUGUUCCUCUCUCGUCUUUGAGCUCAAAUCUUGGGAGUUGUAGUUCUCCACCUAGCAGGGCUUUGCAAGUAACGGCAAAGUAUAAUUAUGUAUUAUACAUAUUAUUUAGAUUAUCACUGGUUCAAGAAAGGUAUACUUAAAGGGACACUACACUUAAAAUAUUGAUGUAUAAAAGGGGCACCUGGUAACAUUCACAUAGGCAGUGAAUGUGCCUAGUUUUUUCUUUUUGAGGAAACUAUUUAACGUUCAGGUGGUGGCGCUGGAACCUAAAAUGCCUUGUAGCAAGGUUAAAGGUAAGAACGUCCAGCUCCUUUAUGCCCACAGUCUGAGGACGCUAUUGGCUGCUUCUUUGUUACAGUCACUUAUAUUUUUUGGUUGUGCCCCUCUAUCAAUGGAAAAAGUGCAAAUAGAGGGUUUAUGGCAGGGACAGGAGCAGCUUGUUGUGCUCCCUAUGAUUGGAUUCGGUAAGGUGUCUUUGUGCCAGGUAAGUGGAAAAAGUCUCUUAUUGGAUUGGUGUUAUGUGUAGGCUGUCUUUAGGUCCGAGAUACAUUUAGAGAUUUAGAGGACGUUACAUGAAUUGAGAAUGAAGCGGGAGAUUGUGGUAAGAUACGGCACCCCCACUGACUACAUGCAGCCAAGUCAACUGUGGUAAAGCAGCAGUACAGAGUAAAUCCUCCUUAGGGUGCCCUCACACAUUGCAGAGUUUUCUGUAACAAAUUCUGCAGGUCUGGAUUUUACAAAGUUGCAGAUUUUCCCACAAUGGAACAGGAUGGUUAUUUUAUUUGUGGAUUUCUGUGCGGAUUAAAUCUCCAUUGAAACAAAUGUAGACAUUCAGCUACAGGAAAUCCACAGCUAAAAUGUAUUUGCGUUCUGUUCCACAGCAAAAUAAAACACAGGUAUUGACACUCUUCACCGCCAUAGGGUAACAUAGGGGAUGUCCUUAUAUUGCAGAAAACUAUGCACUGUGUGAGGGCACCCUAAAUUGGCUGUAUCCAGACAGUGGGGCAUGAAGGACAGGUGAGAUGUCCACUACAGGUGGUCAGCAGAUCCCGGGUCUCGUCCUGCAGUACAGGGAGCUGCAGACCAGCGAGCAGGCUUGGUAGGUUUAUUUUAUUGUUUACCAUAAAUGUAAAUUCUUAGAUUUUUACGUAAAAUAUGGGGGAUUGUUUAAUGACUUCUUCUGUGAUAACGUGAUAAACAUAACUGCAAGCUCUUGAGUAACCUGGGGACCCCUCUCCCCCUCGUCUUGUGUUUAUGUUGUGUAGCUCUGUCCAUCCAUUUUAAUAUCACCGUAGCUGCUGUACUUACUUUAAAAAAAAAAAACUAUUGCGAAAUGUAAUGCAACCGCUAAAGCGUCCUAAACUUUCUGAUGCUGUAUGUAGGUGCAAUGAAUAUAACUUUUCAGAUUUGUAUAUUGGUGAUAGGUCAGUUUGAACAGUCUAUAAGCUACAAUAAAUUUCUGGUUCUAAA